UAUACUUCGUUGACCACUUCCAUCAAACAAAACCGCACCAAUCUCCUUCAACACCCCAUUGCUUUUCAAAACACUCAGACAUCGAAGAAGAAGUCUAGAGCGCAAAAUUCAUCUAGCGAUUCGGAUAUAUCUUCUUCGGAGUCACGUGGUUCGUCGCCCGACCGCAGCACGCCCGAUCGUCGUAAGUCAAAACUGAAGAAUUCGUUCACAAAAAUGCUGGCCACCAUUGAACGACGUUCCUCCAGCAAUUCAAACGACGAAUACGACGAAGAUGACGACAACGACAAUGACGAUGCGGACAACGACGACGAUGAGGUGACUGAAGUAAAACCGACCGGAGAAGUAUUGAACAGAGUAGUUGAAGAAGAAGCUAAAGACGACAUCGAUGAUAUUUGGGCGAACAAAUCACCCGAGUUCCAGCCAGCGACGCCUACAUACAUCAAAAGUCAAUUUGGCAAAGACUUAACUGCCAUUAAAGGGAAACCUUCUGUGCCAAACACUGACAAUCUUCCCACACGACCUAUUGCACCGGUAAAAAUAACCGAACGUAAAUCUGAUGUAACUAGCACCUCCUUUGGAGAUAUAGGUUUUAGUAUGAAUAAGUCUAGCAUUAGUAGUAGUGGUAGUAGUAGUAGUAGUAGUAGCUUGAGCAGUGAACUUUAUUGUGAACGAACUUUGGACGGUGGCGAAGACGAUGAUGAUGACAGUAGUAAGACAUUGCGUGAGACGGUAACCACAACGAACAUGAACAUGCACCCCACGGCGGCAGCGAAAUCAAAAGAGCAAAAUUCAAAAUCAAUAAUGCAACCUGCAGAAAUAUUGGCAUGCAAUAAUCAGGGUUUCAAGUUCACCUCGAAUUCCACAAGUUUAAAUGAUUCUCAAAUGCAGGAAGCAUACAAUGUGAAUUAUGAUUUGAUAAGCCAAACCAACAACAAUAAUAUUGAUAAUCAAAAUAUCAAUAAUAAAAUUGGCAAUUCUGAUUCAUUGUAUGAACUUCAGUUUAGUCGCUCAGCAGUUGGCGGUUCCAAGAUCUUGAUGAAUUGUCAUCCCUACAACGCGGACGAUUAUGAUGGUCUGGAGUUUGAGUCACGAUUCGAGUCUGGCAAUUUGGCGAAAGCGGUGAUGAUUACACAAACCUACUAUGAGCUGUAUUUACGUUCGGAUUUGUAUACGAGCCGAUCGAAACAAUGGUUCUACUUUCGGGUGCGGCGAACUAGGAAGAAUGUCAUCUACAGGUGA